UAACCAUAACAUAAACAUAAACCUACUAACCUAGCCAGCCGCCAGCCUGUAUAGUAAAGUAAAGUAAGUAAAAGAUUUGUAAUCAUGGUAAAACUGCAUGUGAAGAAGGGCGAUGAAAGCCAGUUUCUCUAUGAAACAACAGUUACAACUCCUGUAGAUGAAGUAACGCUGGAUAUAUGCACCAUCUACAAUGGUCGACUGAAAAUUAGCAGGAUAUGCUCAGAGUUAGAGGAGCUAAGUAAGCAUGGGACAAUGCUACCUCCGGAUAUGAUGGGUCUAACAGAUGAGCAAAUUGAAGAACUCAAGUUGAAGGAUGAGUGGGGGGAGAAAUGUCUUCCAAGCGGUGGAUGGACUUUCAACAAAGACCCCAUGGGUCGCAGAAACGGAAGACAGCCAAACGAACGGAUGCAAGAAGUCAUUGCAAAAUCCAUCAAUGAAGCUAAAUCUUUGGUGUCCAAGAAACAAGUAGAUGCCGGAGUGUGUGUAACUCAGAAGAUGGUCCAGGAGGCGCUGGAUAUGCUGCGAGGCACCAUGAUGAUUGUUUAUCCCAUGAACCUUCCCCCACAUGAAGUCAUCAGACAGGAGUUUGAAAACACUGAAGAUCUGAGUGGGAUGCAGGCUUCUCUUGAGGUGAUUGAUCCUGCUUUGGCUCAGUUGUGGUUCUCUGGGAAGGAAAUGCAACGGGCCAAGAAAAUGUCGGAUUACGUUGGGAAAAACGAGAAAACCAAAGUUAUUGUCAAGCUUUCCAAGAUGGGCCAAGGUGCUCCUGCUAGAGAACCUGUGAUUGGGGAGGAGGAGAGAAAGCAGAUGAUGUUACAUCAGUACAGACGACAGGAACAGCUCAAGAAACUGGAACAAGAUGAAGAUGACACUUACUUAAAUUCCUCAUGGUCCGACAGCAGAAGUUUGAAAAGAGCUUUUCAAGGACUAUCAGACAUUUCAUGGAAGCCUAAAUAAAAGCUAGUAUUUGUCCAAAAACAAAUCUAGUCAUCAGUAUUAAUACUUUUUUGUAAGUUUUAGUUGUAUAAUUGUAUUAUAAUAUUGUGCAUAAAAGAAUU